CGCAUCAUCAAUUCCAGUCCACCAACCUGUUGCUCGCCAAGGGAGCCGCCUCCUCGGCUUCUUCCGCUUUCCCUCUCCUCUUCGCCGGCUGCCUAUCACAGUCUCGGCUCACUCCCCGACUGCUCCACCCGGUGCAAGCAUGGCUGCGAACAAAGUAAUAGUUUACGGCGGAAGAGGCGCGCUGGGCUCCAAAUGUGUUCAGCAUUUCAAAGCCAAAGGAUGGUGGGUCGCCAAUAUUGACUUGGGCGCAAACGAGGAAGCUAAUGAGAACGUCAUUGUCAAGUUGACAGACUCCUUCUGCGAGCAGGCUGGUCAGGUCACUGCAGACGUUGCCCAACUGCUUGGAGAGCAGAAGGUGGAUGCCAUUUUAUGUGUUGCCGGCGGAUGGGCGGGAGGAAACUGCAGUUCCAAAGACUUGUAUAAGAACACUGACCUGAUGUGGAAACAGAGUGUGUGGACCUCCACCAUCUCCAGCCACCUGGCAGCCUUGCACCUGAAGCCCGGAGGUCUGUUGACUCUGGCGGGGGCCAAAGCCGCUCUGUCAGGGACCGGAGGCAUGAUGGGAUACGGAAUGGCCAAGGCUGCCGUGCACCAGUUAUGUCAGAGUCUGGCCGGCAAAAACAGCGGGAUGCCUUCUGGGGCUGCCGCGGUUGCCAUCUUGCCGGUUACCUUGGAUACGCCCAUGAACAGGAAGUUCAUGCCAGAUGCCGAUUUUGGCACAUGGACCCCUCUGGAGUAUGUCGCAGAAACGUUCUUCAAGUGGGCAACGGGUGCUGACAGGCCGGUGUCGGGCAGCCUGAUGCAGCUACUCACCUCCGGCGGGGAAACUCGUGCCGUGGCAGCGCCCUAGAGGACGGACAGACAGACUGAAGUGGCAGCGUUGUCGUCCGGGGGGGAAGGAAAGAUAAGGACAGAGAGCAGAUAGAAAGAAGGAUCAUGAGGUGAUGGAGUUGGAAGGCAAGAGUGGGGGAAAAAAUUACAUUCAAGGGUCCAGUGUUACAUGAAGGAUAACAGUGCCAUCUAGCAGUAGGUGUUACUAUUGCUUUGACUGCGCUGCUUGCUUGUCAACAUGAUUAAAAAUGACUAAUGUGCUGUUUACAGGCGAGUUUUACUGGGGUAAAAGUAAUGGGCCAAAAGAUUAGGUGCACAAUCGCGGUACAUUUCCAACUAAUUAUAUUUAUGAGUGGUGUCCGUUUAUUUUGCUGAAUAUUGUAGUUAUUGCAUGAAAUUCCCUGCAUCAUCAGCUUGCCAUUUCUAAAAUUGUAACAGUCUUUAUAUUGUGACAUUACAUAAUCAAAACAUAGACCGCCAAAACCAGCAUAAAUAUCUGAUAAAUAUUUUAAGAAUAGUGUCGAGUGUCGUGGACUCUUGAAUGAUUAACUCUGACAUCAGUUAAUACUGAGUAUUCCUAUUACUAUUUUUUUGUUUUUUUUUUUAAUAAUAUUUUUGACUUGCAGUAAUUCAUAUAUUAGAUGUAACAGCUCCAUUAAUUAUAAAUGCAUUCAAAUAUAGUGUUAAAUACUAAUUUAUCUUUAUAGCACUGCCUGGCAAUCGAUACUAAUGAGACAAAAAUUAUUACACAGUACCUUUUUGAGAGUCCAUUCAUCUUAGCGUUGACUUAAUUGCAAAAUAUUUCUGAAGGGAACGUUUUGGUUACAUACUCAUGUGAUUGUGUCCUGACUCUAUCUAAUGAAUUGGCCUUUUGGGUGUUUGCAUUAAAGCAAAUUGUGUGUGCGUUCGUGUGUGUUUGGACAAGGAGGUAAAAAUAGCUCUCAGCAUAUUUUCCUCCACCAGAUGGCAGUGUUUAAUAAGAGAAUCACGCACACACCGCACGCCUAUCCGUGUGUGCUCGGGCAUAAAACAUAAUUUAUACACUGCUCUUAGCUCGCCUUCCUCUCACCUUGGCGAAUGCAAAUGCACACUUGCAUCCGUUCCAUGACCAAUAGAUUAUUUCAGCAAGCCUGUUUUCAGUUGUGUGCAGAACAGCAGCUCGUAUAUUCAGCAGCAGCACUGUGGAGGCGAGGGCUCAUAAACAGGCGGCGUUUUAAACUCUGCUGUUUCUCGUAUAAGGCGUACUGCCGUGGGAGCGCACGCGUGGCUGUUGACAAGCUCGCUGCGAUAAAUCACCGCCGCCGAGGAUUAAUAGGAAGAAGCAAAAGCGGGGCCUGGCUCCCUGGAGGAGCUGAUAUGUAUUUAUUUGAGGUGGCGGAAUCAUUCACAGGCGUGAACGCUGUCUCCCAUAAUGCCUUGCUGCAUACAGUGAGUCACUUCUGGGUGAACGUCACUGACAUGGAAUGGGUGCGUGAUGAAGUUUUAUGUCUUGGUACCAAUGGCCUGUGUGUAAGAGGAUUUGAACGCCAUGGCAAUACCCAGGGGUGGCUCUAGAAAAAUAUGUACAAGGUGGCAGAAGGGGGGCAAGUUUUUGACGGUGGCAAAUAUUUCUUGAUGGUAUUCUUUGGACAAUGAUAAGAUAUUCUGUGAUGAUUUGAUUCAAAGGCGUUGACUCGAUUUAAUACAAAAUGAAGAAAUUUUAACAAAAUCAGUUCCAAUUUACCUAAAGUAAUAAAAAUACAAAUCAGUUUUGAGGUGUGUGACAAUUUUGUGGAUUUAUUUUUUAUAUUUUAACAAAACGGCAUGCCGAAGAAAACAAUCAUUUUUAUUUUGAUCGAAAACAACGAUCCCUCACUACUCCGCUCUUCAAACUUCACGCCCUCAGUCUAUCGCGGAUUUUUUUUUUUUUUUCAAUUAAAAAAAAAUUCGUAGUUUUAGGGGGGGGAUUUACAUGGUGACUCUCCGAGGAGACGAAAAAUUUCAAAUGUGCAAUUAUAUGGUUUCGUCUCCAUUCGAACAAUGUCGCGAUUCCGCAUUAAAACGAUGUAGUAUUCAUGCCAGGCCCUAGGGGGCAGUGCAGAUUUACAAGGCAACAGCGAAUGAUGCACUUUGACCCCACGGGGCUCCUCAGCCCGGAAGAAAACAUGCCCGUCCUUUCGAAGCAAUGGCAUUUUCCUUUCGCUCCAAAAGGCACAAAAAUGGAAACAUUCAACAUAUUUAAAUUUUGAAAUAUUAUAACACUAAUUUAAAGCCGAUGUUCUGCCAUUUGCUGUUUUUAAUGUUAAAUAGCACCGCUGCGCACGCCCAAUGUGACGUGUAUGAGUGCUGACGUUAUCGGCGCGGGUCCCACGCGGCAGUAGCCUUUGAUAUGCAUGCGAAGCAAGCCGCCCUCAUACCCCCGCAAUCGAAUUCUUCCACUUUGGAGGCAGGAUUCAGAAUUUUCCGUCUUCGCCGACACCAUAUGCACGCGAGGCAAUUCCGUUACUCAGGCAUUGCGUCUUCGUGUCGCAGAGUCGCCAUGUAAACUGCCCCUCACUCUCGUGCCCUCCCUCCCACUCCCUGCUCUUGGUUCGUCACUGGAGUUGCUUAUUAAAGUUAACGAUUAUUGACAGAUGUUUGGGUUUGAUCUUGCCACAGACAUGAACUUCAAAAGCUCCACAUGGGUCAAUCAUCGUUUAACUUGUUAAACAGUUGCUGUGGCAACUCAUUGUGCGUAUGUGAGCAGCUGGAGCGGAUUUAAGUGGACUCACUCAAUGAAGCAUUUAAUACAGCCAAGCAUUUUUGUACUAUAUUCUUGUUUAUAAAUAAUUCGGUAGGACAGUAACAUGUUUAAAACUUACCAUAUUAUUAUUUUUGAAAUGCUUAAAAACAAUGUAAUAAAAAAUAGAUGUUUAAUUAUACUUUU